GCGUACUUAUAUUUGCAAGCCAGUUGACAAGUGCCGUUAUCUAUCUAUUCUUAAAAAACUGUUUAAACCCUUCAUCAUCUUCUUCUUGAUUUCAUUAACACAUCAAUGGCAUCAACAUCAUCUAUAUCUAUAUACACACCUUUCUCUCGACAACUCUUAUCUCCACCUUACUGUAAAAUCAAACGAAGCCCAAGAAAAGCUAAACCCAGAAAGCUCACUCCUAACCCUAACCCUCUCCUUAAAUCUCGCUCUAUUCCCCAGCUCGAAGCCACUACUUACACUCGUUUACCCCCCAAAGACGAUUUUAUCGCUGACCCAUCUCAAUUUUCAGCCCCGGAAAUCACGCUCUCCGACUUGAAUUCGAUUCGUGAUGUUUCGGCUCGAAAACCGCCAGUAAAUGGCGAGAAAGUUGAGGAAAUUGGUGGUGGUGAUGAGGAAUUGGGGUUUGAUUAUGGGAAGUUUGAGUUGUUUGAAAUUGGUUCUGAUAACGAGGAGGAUGAUGAGGAGUUUGAUGAUGAGGUUGUGUUGGGGUUUGGGGAUGGAGAGUUGGGAGAUGAGUUUGAGGGUGUGGAUGAGAAUGGGGAAGAGGGGGAGAGGGAGAAGGAGAAGGGGGUGCCAGCUGUGAUGAGAUGUUUCGACAGGGCGAAAAUCUUUGUGAAAGCUGGGGAUGGAGGCAAUGGUUGUGUGGCGAUAAGGAGGGAGAAGUUUGUUCCGUUGGGUGGGCCUUCGGGUGGAGAUGGUGGGAGAGGUGGUCAUGUGUAUGUCGAAGUUGAUGGUUCGAUGAAUUCUUUGUUGCCGUUUAGGCAGAGUAUUCAUUAUCGUGCGGGGAGAGGGAGUCAUGGCAAGGGGAGCAAUAUGCACGGUGCUAAAGGGGAUAGUGUUGUGGUGAAGGUGCCACCUGGGACAGUUGUUAGAGAGGCCGGGAAGGAUGGGGAGGAAGGGGAAUUGCUGUUUGAGUUGUUGAAUCCAGGGCAGAGGGCAUUGUUGUUACCGGGAGGAAGAGGUGGGAGAGGGAAUGCUGCUUUUAAGUCGGGGACGAAUAGGGUGCCCAAGAUUGCCGAGAAUGGUGAAGAGGGUGCAGAAAUGUGGUUAGAGUUAGAGCUGAAGUUGGUGGCUGAUGUUGGGAUAGUGGGAGUUCCAAAUGCUGGGAAAAGCACGUUACUCAGUGUUGUAAGUGCUGCGAAGCCAAACAUUGCCAAUUACCCAUUUACAACCUUGCUUCCCAAUUUAGGUGUGGUAUCAUUUGACUAUGAUGCUUCAAUGGUUGUUGCUGAUCUGCCUGGUUUGCUUGAAGGUGCACAUCGUGGUUUUGGUUUAGGCCAUGAGUUUCUCCGGCACACAGAAAGAUGCUCAGUUCUGGUACACAUUGUUGAUGGCUCGUCACAGCAACCAGAGUAUGAAUAUGAUGCAGUCCGUCUUGAGUUGGAAAUGUUUAGUCCAGAACUUGCUGAAAAGCCUUACAUAGUAGCAUACAACAAAAUGGAUCUUCCCGACGCAUAUGAAAAUUGGCCAUCUUUCAAGGAAACAUUACAAUCUCGUGGGAUUGAACCUUUUUGCAUGAGUGCAGCGACGGGAGAAGGCACUCGGGAAGUGAUAUAUGCUGCUUAUGAGCUUGUACAAAAAAGAAAAGAAGCCGCUAAAGGAGAAGGUUUUAAUAGCCCUUUAAAUUUAAACCAUGUGGCUGAUAUGGUGUCAAAGCAGCGAAAGUCUCCAAUAAAUGAGUUUGAGAUCUCUCAUGACACCUCUUCAAAUACUUGGAAUGUAGUCGGAGCGGGGCUGCAACGUUUUGUCCAGAUGACGAACUGGAGUUAUGUAGAUUCUGACAGAAGGUUUCAACACGUCCUUGAGGCAUGUGGAGUAUUUAAAUCUCUUACAAGGCUUGGUGUUAAAGAGGGGGACACUGUUGUCAUUGGUGAGAUGGAGAUGGUGUGGCAUGAUUAUAAGAAUGGGGGCUCAUCAAAUAUCAAGCGACGGGCAGCUGCAGUAAGAUGGCCUCAGUAGUUUCUUCUGUAUCGAGCAGGGCGGAUCCAGAAUUUUAACUUCACCUAGGCUAAGAUAUUUUCUACUCCAAAUUAGUAUUAUCUUUUUUCAUGAAAAUUUUACACAUAUAUACAUUUUCCUAGUAUUAUAUAUUUAGUAACAUUUAAUAAAUAAUUAUUAAUAUAAAACAAGAUUACAUUCGGGUAUUAAAA